AUGGGCAAGCUGAGCUUAGCGAUGGUGGCAGCCAUGUCGCUGGCCAAUGGUAUCGGCAAGGACGGUGGGCUGCCUUGGAGGUUGAAGGGAGAGAUGGCAUACUUCCGAAGCGUUACAAGCUACGUUGCUGAGGAUGGAAGCAGGCAAGGAACUCGGAAUGCUGUCAUUAUGGGAAGGAAGACGUGGGCAAGCAUCCCUGCAAAGUUUCGACCACUAGCAGGCCGCUUGAACAUUGUCAUUAGCCGUACACAGAGCUCUAGGGACCUGGGAGUGGACCCGGAAUGGGAGGAUGUUCGAGUAUUCCCAUCAGUCCAAGAGGCUUUAACGCAUCUCUCUGCACCUCGCGAAGAAGAAAGGAUCAAUAGGAUCUUUGUGAUUGGAGGUGCACAACUCUACACGGACCUUCUCAAUCUCGACUCGAGCUUGGCUACAGUGGACAAGCUAUUGGUGACACGAAUCCUUGCACCUCGAUACGACUGCGAUGUAUUCUUCCCCGAAUUUCGAACCGAAGCUCAGUACGAAGCUGAUGCCGAACAUGCCCGCAAGAUCCUGUUACAAUCAAGCAAGACGAGUGACAAAAGCUCAUCCGAUGAGCGACCGUCGAAGCUACUCAGUCAACAAGAGUGGACACCAGCCUCGACGGAUUCAUUGCGAGAGUAUCUCGGCGAUUCGUUCCCUUCUGCACUGGCCCACUGGUCGGAUAGGGUAAGGAGCGAAGGCGAGACGUGGUACGAGUACCAGUUGUGGGAAAAGAGGGAAAAGAGGGAAAAGAGGGAAAAGAGGCAUUGA